ACCAAACACUCACACUGCCAGCAAGAGAGAAUAUCAACAAACCAGCGACUCCGGGGAAAAGAAAGACUGAAACACGGAGCUGUUUGAAAGCAGCUCUCAUAGGCAACAGAAUAAACCAGAGAUCAUGAAGUCCCUGCGCUUCCUUGCAGCUGAGGGAUUCAUCCAGACUGGUCCACAUGCUUUGGAGAACCUACGGUAUAUGUCUUUCAACCUCUACCCACUCCUCUUCAAGGCCUGCUACAUCCACGAGCAGGCCGACGUGCUUCAUGCAUUAGUCCAGACGUGGCCUCUUCCUGACCUCAACAUUAAGCAUCUCCUGGGGAAGACCAUCGACUGCCCGGUGGACCUCACUUCCAGCACCUGCCGGCUUUGUCUAGUAGCCAUUCUGACUGGCCUGAAGGACUAUGUGCUGUCUCCUCCAAGAACCUAUACCAAGAGCCUGCACCUAGUGGACCUGACUGCCCUUAAAGACAUUGAGCACCAAGCCUGCAACUGCAAGUCCACUCUGGGUAGAUGGGCAAGAACCCAAUUCCUGACUCAAAUGUGCUAUGAGACAAUGGUGGCAAUGCAAGCCAUCGAUGUGUCCCAGUUCCCCUUUGAAGUAUCAAUCGAUAUACACCUGAAUGGCUUUGUUACAGGCCGUAACUAUGAGAUGGUAGCUCAGGCCUUCCUGCUACGCUGCUACUGUCCUCUGAAGCUUCACUUUGUUGGUUUUAGAGCCGACUCCCUUGCUCUCAAGCAGCUGUUCUACGUCCUGCGUCUAGCAGAGCCUGAGUCCAUCGCAAAGCUGGAGCUGGUCCACAAUGUUCCCCUGGAAGCCCCACACUUGGAAGUGCUGCUUUCCAGGGUGAAAUUCCCCAAGUUAAAGUCUCUAACCCUGCCACCUGGAGCACUGGACGUUAGGAGGCUGGGGUCCGAUGAAGAUGAUCUUCUGGCUACUCUUGGAAAUUUGCUGGCACAACUAAGAAACCUCACUGAGCUCUAUGUGGGCUUCUCUACCCUCACCGGACACAUCCGGAGACUGCUGAGUCCUCUCAACACGCCACUGCAGUGCCUGGAGCUGGCCAACUGCUGCCUGAACCGUCUCGACUUCACAUACCUGGCCAACAGCCUCCACAGCGAAAACCUGGUUCACCUAGACAUCAGUGGACAUGACGUCUUUGGUUCGAUCUCCACCUGUGUACAAAAACUGCUGGGCCGCUGUUCAGAGACACUGGUGAGCCUGACUCUUGAGGAGUGCGACAUUAAGGAAGAAGAUAUUAACAAUUUAAUUAACGCACUGGCUCCCUGCCAGGGACUGGAGGACCUCAAACUCAUGGGAAAUCCUCUCACUGCCGCUUCCUUGCACCGGUUAUUCUCUACACUGUCUGCAGGAUUUCCCAAGUUGAGGUACAUAGAGUUACCUGUACCCCGUGAAUGCUACUCUGAGGAUGUCACUUAUCCUCUUGAUGACUCAGUCUUGCAGGAGUACAACAGGGACUUGUUUGAGGAGAUCAGGAGCCAGCUGUUGGGUAUCCUAGCAGGAGCUGGUAAAGGAAAUGUGGAGGUGUGCUCCCCUCUCAUGGGGGCCUACGAUCCAGACAUUAACGAAACCAGCAAUGAGCUGGGGGUUUCCAUGUUGAAAUCUUUUAACAGUGUCCUUGGGAACUUCAUUAGCACCAUAAAAGACGUGAAUGACAGGAGAUCAGCGACCCACACAGACAACUGAUGAGGUUUCCUCUGGAGAUUUGAGAUUACAGGGAGGGGACUUGAGCUCUCGUUUUGUAGACUGCUUGGCGAAGCAGAUCUUCAGACCUUUUGGAAAGAUUCCCAAAAGUUGACUACGAAUGCCUGCUGAUCACUGGUUAACUUCAUCGUUUUUGGGCUACACUACCGUCGCCCCUCGUGUCUAUGCUUAAUGUGAACACUUAAAUUUAGUUAGUUAAUAUUUAUUUUGGUCAAUCACAAGCAUAAAAAUCAACAAAUAGAUAACAAAUAUCCACAGGUUUUUCCCUGGUCAAUAUUGUGAUUAUUUUGACCGAAAAGGUCUGGGCUUGAAGCAUAAAGCUUAUCUUGCCCACCUUUUAACAUAAUAGAAUAUACAAAUAGAACAAAUGAAGUAUAAUAAGGUUACACAAAAUAAUAAUAGUAAUAAUAAUAAUAAUGAUAAUAGCUUUAAUAACUGUAAUAAUGAUAAUAAUAUUGAUAGCUUUGAAAACAGAAAGUGAAAAGAUGCUAAAGAAACACAAAACCAAUUUAGGUUGUCAUUUCAUCUCAUGCAUGUGUACAUUCUUCUUUGUUUGCUUUAUGUGCUUCUAUAUAUGUGUCCAUUACCUUUGCUUUUAAUAAUAUCUUGUAUGCUUUUAUUGAGUUUGCUAGUUUACGGUCGUUUUCUAAUGAGUUCCACAGUUUUACUCCUAAAACGGAUAUACAUCUGCCCUUUGUAUUUGUUCUUACUGCUGUUGUCUCAAACAUUGCUGUUCCCCUGAGCUCAUGUUUUCCUCUCUUGGCUUGAACAGUUCCUGCAGCCCGGAAGUAAAUUGUUAUAAGCCUUGUAUAUUAUUACAGUGGCGUUCAAAUUAACUAUAUCUUGCAAUUUAAGUGUAUUGUUUUUAAUGAAAAGUGAGUUUGUUGAUGCAAGAUAGUCAGCCAAGUUUACAAUUCGAAUUGCUUUUUUUUGUAAAAUAUAGAUGGGUUGGAUUAUUGAUUUAUACGUAUUCCCCCACACUUCCACACAAUAGGUCCGGUAUGGGAGUAGUAGGGAUCUGUAUAGUGUUUGUAAUGAUCUUUUAUUUAUAAUACCUUUCAUUUUAUAUAAUAUUGCUAUCGUUUUAGAUCAUUUUCUUUUUAAGGUAUUAAUGUAUGGCUUCCAUGUGAGUUUUUCAUCAAUAAUUAUUCCUAAGAAUUCAGUAAUGUUUGAUUGUUCUAAUUUUAUGUUAUUGAUGAUUAGGUUUAUUGGAGCAUUUAUCAUUUUUUUUGCUCAUUGUAAAUAAGAAAUUGAUUAUCAUCCAGUGAAUAUUGCACCUUUAUGUGAUCAGAAGAUGUUAUUCUACCUUCCAUGUUCUGCAAAUUAAAAGUGCAAAGCAAGUAUUCAACAGCUGGAUUAGUCACUGCUGACUAAAAUAAUGUAACUGGUGUACAUGCUCCAAUUUAUUGUACAUAUUCUGAUUUAAUGUUAGAUACUGGAUCUGUAAAUAGCACAACUUUGCAGCAUGCAACAUGUUCUGUUUUCACAAGAAUGGCAAUGCAUUUAAUCUUAUCCAUAACAAUAAAAAUCUUCAAAAAAA